UUCACUCUCCAGGGUCUGUAUGUGGGCUCACUUCAGCUGUUUGUGUCUGUCCGUCGCGGUAUCUUCCUCCUUCAGGACAAAGUCAGAGAAAUCGAAAGUGAAAGCAGUUUGCAGGAGUCGGUCGUAUAACCAGAUAGGCUGCACGGCUGAAUCCAUACAUCCAAAAAACCUUCAGUGAUCCAAAAAUGUCAACACUCUCAUUCAAAAGACGUCAGUAUGAAUCAUGAGCUUAUAGAAAUGUUCAGAAAGAAACUAGACAGCUUCACCAUCUCAGACUACCAUGGCCUGCACAGUCCAGGUCUCACAUGCUAUUUGAACUGCGUGCUUCAGGUGCUUUUCAUGACCGAAGACUUCCGGGAGGCAGUGAAACAGUGGAUGCAGAAAAGAUUCGACAACCAUUGACCCAUAUCUGGAAAGACUGUUUUCUGAUUUACAGAAAAGUGUUGCCAAAACAGAUGAAGUCACAAAAAAACUGGGCAUAACGAAUGUAUACGAGCAACGAGAUGCUGCUGAGUAUUUUGAGAAGAUCCUGUGUAUGACCAGUCCGGAGGCUGCCAGGAUGUUCAAGGGGGAACUGAACCACCGGACCAGUUGCCUCAAAUGCAUGGAGAGGAUCGAUUCCAGGAGCUUUUUUUGGAUUCUGCCACUUGCGCUGGAAGAUUCAUGUCAUCAGACCUACAGCGUGGAGAGAGGGUUGAAGGCUUUCUUCAACCGAGAAAACGUUGCUGGGGACAACAAGAUGUACUGCGACCGCUGCAAUAAAAAGCAAGAUGCAAACUUUGGAUGUAAGAUGACACAGAAUCCAGACGUUUUGACCCUCCUUCUGAAGAGAUUCAGGUUUGACUACAAGCGCGGGUGUUACGUCAAGCUUCACUGCAAAGUGGACAUCCCCCAAACUUUAAACAUAGAGAAUUGUGAAUAUGACCUCUACGCUUUAGUGAACCACUUUGGUAGUCUAACAGGAGGUCAUUACAUUGCACAAAUCAAAUCUUUCGAGACUCAGGUGUGGUAUAACUUCAAUGACGGCGUUGUGAAGAGAAUGAAACCACUAUUUGUGGCUGGAGACAAGCCUUUGAGGUCUUCUACAGCUUACCUCCUCAUGUACAGGAAGGUGAGAAGAAAUCUUGAAAAAGCUGACGAAGACCUGGAAGCUCACUGUGCACAUUCGUAUGUCGAGGCCGAAGGAAGACAUGCCGCAGCGGGUGGAGAAACUUCUAAACCAAGUUUGCAAACACAAAAGUCAAAUUUUGCAAAGUUACAGAACGAUGCAGGGCAAAAAUGUCAUGAGCCUGACAGACGACAGCUUGAUACAAACUCAAAGGAGCACAACUGUCCUCUUAACACUGGAGGGAGCUUCACAGUACAUGUGAGAGAACACCAUUUGGAGCAAAACUAUGAAUUUUUAAAGAAAAGAUUAAAGGCGAAUGAGACUAUCCAGGAAACAAAGAACAAAAGUUUUACAAAGACUAGAACAAAAACUAUUAGUAGGACUGAUAAUCAUACGAAAAAUAGAGUCAAAUCCACAGAAACAGAGGCCGUAACAGAGUUCAGAAUGGAAAGAAAGAGCAAACUGGGAAGAGAGGCUGGUGUCAGUGAAAAUGUGCAUCCUUCUGAUGUAAAGUCAGUUUUCUUCAAUGGCUACCCUUCUUCUUCACCAAGCCCAAACAGAAAAUCCAACAGUUCAAGGAGAGAUAAAAAGGAAACCCAGCAUCCAGACAGCAGCUGUGAACUGGACACAACACAAACUGUGACAAAGGGAGCAGAAACUGCAAGUCCUACAAAGAAAAGAAGAGCACAGGAAGUCAAAAGAAAUCCAUGGAAGUGAUGACAUAAUCAGGAUGAUAUCUGUAUCUAAAUAUGAUAAGUGUUUUUUUUUUUUUGUCUCUUGAAUGGCUUUUUUAUUGUUUUUUUAUCUUUUAUUUUUUAAAUGUGAUAAAAAUAGUGUAAUUCUUCACACACUGUUUGCCGUUGUAUCCUGUGCUGCUCUCAACUCUGAUAAAGAGGAAGAUAAACUGACUGUGAUCAGCCAUUUUUUGUUGUGAUUAAAUUUAAUGUUUGGUAUUGCA